GCAUGCUUUUAAGUUCCUCCGGUCACUCAAUCAUGCCGGGACGAAAGGUCCGAUACGGUACGAGUGACUGGUUGUAUUUUACACUUGUUUGACGAGCAUAGUGACCCUGAGGAUUUGUAAUAUUAUUAUAAAUUCUCGGAAGUAGUGACAAUUUUAUAUUGUGACAUAUGAUAUACUAGCUCAGGUCAGGGCUUCUUGUACUUGUUAUUUAUUUUAUAUUAAUGAGAACGAUAUCAAGAGCAAACGUUUUAUUGAAAAAUAUAAGUAUUUUUCAAUGACUAAGUGAGUACUUAGUAAUUGCAUGGUCAUUACGAUUUUGUUUGACCACGUAGAGUUUAAUUUUGAAGUUGGACGACCUCCGAUUUCGUGUGAAGUGUGUGUUUCCAAUUUUCAUUUGAGAGUAUGGAGUAAAUGGUAAGACACGUUCUCAACUUUUAAUCCUGGUAAUGGUGAUAAGUGUCAAUAACUAGAUUUUAUUUCUCCGAUUUCGCGAUAUGUAACAAUGAUACGAAAUGAUGUAACAUGCCGGCGAUAGUAAAGUCUUUAAGUGUCCUUAUAAAGAAAUGUAUUAAAUUCCAUGUACAAGAAGACGAUUGGGAUAGAUUUCGAAGUCAAAGCAUCCAGUAUGAAAACUAUUUCAGAUAGACCAUAGUCGCUUUGACGAAGAGAUCUCCCAUAGAAUAUUUCAAUCGCAAUUUAUAUUUAUAUUACAUUCUUUUUUAAUUAAAUGAAAUUCUAUUGAUGUUUCACGUAGAGUCUUUUAAAGUCGAUUAAAUGGAACGAAAGUAGAGUCAUUGUGAUUCCAAAUACUAAUCAUGCAUUUUUAGAUCAGGAUUUUCAGGUUCAGCGUCUUCCGUGUUUACUCGCCAGGAUCCCAUUCACGUGCUCAGGUGCUACUUGAGUGGGUGAUAGGUGAUAGGCACGAUGAUCCUUUUGUAUAUAGUUUAUAAAUAUUAUCCACCGGCUGGCAAGUUUCUUCAUCGUGCACGACGUAAUCUCUGCAUUGUGUGUUUGUGUGGAUUAGGCUGCGGAGUUGCGUCGGUGUUCUUUACAAUUAAGUGUUGUAAUAUGUAUUGUAAUAGCGAAUUUGGAAUGUUAAUAUAAUAAAUCGUUGUAGUUAGCCGUCGUCUUGCUAGCCGAUUACAGGUGAACGGUACGUACAUACUUGAGCGUGUGAAUCUGUUUGUACGUUAAACUCGGGUGUGGAGUCGUUCCCGGGACGACUGCCGCAGGCCCCUACAUCCGAGAGGAUGAAAAGCCCGUACGUACCGUCGUGCCGUAUGAGUCUGUUGGUUCGUCUGUUUUGCCUUUCUUAAAUAUAUGAGGAUCAGGCAGGCAGGCAGGCAGGCAGGCAGGUAAUUGACAUCUGGUGCGCCUGUUAGCAUAUAAGUAGGUAGGGCCUGGCAGGUUGACACGUUCACGUCUUUUCCUUUUUACCGUGUCCAAUCUGUUUUAAAAAAUUUGCAUUCGCUCGAUCGACGGUGAAAAAUUGUUUUCACACAGUCGAUUUAUCGAAUGUAACUCUUGCGAUUGCAAUUGUUCGUCGUUGUCGGCCUCUCGUAGGGGUCAAAACGAAAUGCGUUCUGUUCGAGACGGAGCACGCUUGCACAGACCUAUGAUCUUCGGAUCCGGUGUACGCGUGCUUCCAACUGGGGCAACAUCGCCCGAAGAAAGAAGAGGCUACGGCCGAAGAGGCCCGGUGCUAUAUGCACCUUCGGAAGAGGGCAACUAUCAAUGAUUGUGCAUUCAGAAAUUAUGUUUGUAUAAUUUCCUAAAUGCAGAGUCAUCCGAUCACUACUUUGUCACUAUGCUCGUUUUAAUUUAUACUUGUAAACAAUCGGGAUGGCCACUGCUGCCCCCCAGAAUCUUGGGCAAUCGCGGUUACAUUUAGCGUUGCGAAUCGAAAUCACGGCUUGUAUUAGAGUCACGAUCAUCCCAGGUCGCGCUUUACUUAGAGUUGCGUACUGAUCGCAAAUUUCGAUUACAGUUUUGAUAGUAGCGUUUUGCUUUUUGCAUUGCUUGUUUAUUUUUGAGUCUUCUUUAGCUUCCUUUAUUAAUUUUUAAUUAGUGUCGCGAGAAUGACGAUCGCGUUAGAGUUGCGCAAAAUUGAAAGCCCAAGUAUUUCACCGAUACUAUGAAACUAUUUCUGCGUCAUCGAGGAUGCCACCAGAAUAAGAAGAACCAAGAAGAACCAAGAAGAACCAAGAAGAACGACAAGCGCGUUUAGUGUAAGUUGGAAAAGAGAAAGCAGAGAGCGCGUAUUUGCUAAUCUCCUCUGUGUUUUUGGGUGGGUAAACAAUGGAUAGAAAAUAUAUCGUUCGCUUGAAAUUUCGUUUAACGUAUCGUUAGUAAUUUGCACGUGCAAAAGAAUCGAGCUGGCUGCUUUUUAGAAAUUAAAAUACUAUAGAAUUAUCUAAUCUAUCUAAUCUAUUAAAGUCGUCUUGACAGAAUUUCAUUUGCACGCAGUUCCUCGCUACUUUUAUUUUUUACACAUUUCAAUUGCCACCCUUUAUGUCUCUUUAAAUUAUUAAUCGAAUCUCGUGAUAUAACGAUAACUCGUAAAAUCGUUUCGCAACGCAGAGCAAAACCGUGAAGCAGAUAUGUGUAUUACAUAAAUACUGACCAUUCCUCAUGAUUUAUGUAAUAACUGAUUCCACGAAGCGGCACGCGAUCGUGCAAAGAUUGGCAAAGAUAUACUUAUAGCGAAAACAUUUUGCUAGCGACGCUUCAGUUUUCUUGUUAAUCGUCCCGUAUCCAUGACAAGAGCAAGUAAACAAACGUCGACGUUCGAAAUUUUCCUAAAGAGUUUGCUCGUGAACGCCGAAAGCGAUGCCAGAAACUGCGAUCACUCCCAAAAGCUCGUCUUCCCUGAGCGCCUCGACUAGCUCCAGGGAAGAUACCAAUCAAUUCUUCAACGAGAAAAAAUUGUCACGAUGCAUCCAACGUAAAUUCCUGACGUACUCGCAACUUGCCGUAAAAUGUCACAGACCGGGUCGGCGGCAGUACCGUCCUCCGAGAACGUCCUUCAAGUUGACUGGCCUCUACCACACGACCAUUAAUCGCUCGCCCGCAAUCAACACCGCCACGAGUUGUCCAGACAAUUCGCCAUGCCCGAUACUCCGCAUGAUCGGUGCUCCCUGCAAAAAGAGUCUGUCCAUGAUUGACCUGACCCCCUUGGCGAUGGAGAACGAGAACGGUGACGUUAGAUCGGACAGCAGUUCGACCGGUGAACGGGGGAUCGAGGAACACGAAAAAGUUAAGGAAGAUCUGGGCGUCAGCGUUGGUAUCAAGAAGUGGAUAGACGGGUUCGCAGCGUUCGCAGAGCCAGAAGAAUCCUCCCGGUUCUUCCAACGCCCGGACAAAGCGGCCAGUGUGAUCUGCCGUGUACUCAUGCUGAAUGCUUGGAGACGCAGACGGGACGAGGUGCAAUAUCUUCACGGGACGAUCUACGAUCUGAAUCAACAGAUCGAGCACCUGUAUCUACAGAUCAUCGUGCUGCGACGACUGCUCGACACGGAGAACAACCGUAUCAGUAAACUGACCGCGGAGGCUCAUCGUGCCAAGAUACAGUUCGACGAAGCGGUCAAGGGGAACAACACCCUUAAAUCGGAAAAGGAGAAAAUGCAAGAGGAGAUGAAGCGUUUGACCGAGCUUGCCGAGGAGAGGCUGGUCGCCGCGGAGAACCUGCGAAACGAGCUUCUGUCCGCGGAAAAUCAGCUCCACGGCCUCGACGAGCAGAUGUCGAAGGAGAGAGAAAAGUUGCUCAAAUUGCGGGAAGACAAGAGGAUUCUCUUAGAAAAGGUAACGGCCAGCGAAGCUUUAGCCACGGAACGAGGAGCAAGAGCCGACAAAGCGGAAUCGAUCGUCGAGGAAUUACAGCUGAAGCUGGCUAAUCAAAUCGCCCUCGUCGAAUCCUCGCAGGAACAGAUAGAACGCUACUCAAAGGAAUUGAGAAUCAAGGAGGAGGAGAAGAACAAGUUGAUGGAACGAUUGAAAUCUACCGAGAACACUGGGAGAAUUCUAAACUUGCGGGCAGUUUCCCUGGAAGCUCAACUAAUUGACCGAAACAUGACUCUGCAGCGCAUUGAGGCAGCGUUCAAUUCACAAUUAUCGGAACUGAACGAAUUGAAAGAUCGUUUGAUACGGCAAUCCCAAGAGGUGGGUUGGAGUAGCAGAAUGUUACAAAUAGCCGGUACCGUUGUAAGAGCGCCAAGGGCUUUACUUCGCACGCUGUUAUCAGGUCCGAUGUUGACUUCUUAAAGAUUGUUCGGUAAGCCGAAGCACUCAAUUAAUCGUCGAUUCAUACCUGUACUACCUGUACUCGUUCCUUAGAUUCCAUUGUUCAAGCGUGAAUGCGUUACACUUUCAAGUUCGUUGUUGGAACGAAGAGUUUAAAAAAAUUGCACUUCGAGGCCGAAGGUGUUGAUUCCUUGGGAAGGAAGGAUGGAGAACGUAGGAGGGAAGAAUUUUAGGAAAAGUGAUCGGGAGGAGAUUAAGGGAGAAUACAGAAACCAAUUGCAAAACGAUCGCAAACUUAUGGGCAAUUUUGCAAAAGACGACUUUAAUCCUUUUUUUAUUAAUUUUUUUUUAACGGCUAUACUUACUUUCUGACGGCAGGGACUUUAUUACGCGGAAAAUGUUUUAAACUAACAACAAAUUCAUUUGAAAUAUUGUAUUUAAUGAUGUCGAGGGAACUAUACAUAAGGUUGAUGGAUAAAUAAAUGCAGACAUGAUCGAGUGCUUUUUAAAAUCUA